AUGAAAGGUCAUCGUGUACGUGGUGGAUCUUUAAGAUAUGCUGAUUCUGAAAAAUCAAACCUUCAUUACACAAAAAAAUCGGGUUUUUCACACAAAAGAAAACGUUCUUUAGAUAUUCAUAAACAAUGGUCUCAUGAUCUUUUUAAUCAAAAAAAUGAGUUUACAACAUUAAGUGAAGAAAAACAGAAAAAAUUGGCUUCAAAUCCUUUAUUUUGUAGGCUAAUGGGUAUAAAGAAUACACAGCCAGAGAAAGAGCUUUUAAACAAUCCAUUAUACAUGCGUAUGCAGGGCGUACAACCACAGACAACGAUAAAAGGCACUGCACAAGGGAAAUCUUCAUGGACAAUUAAAGGUGCAUCAGGUGCAACAACGGUGAUUGUAAGCAAUCUAGCAGAGGGAACUACUGCUGAAGAUGUUAAAACUUCUCUUGCGUCAUUAGGCCAUAUACAAAAGUGUUUUAUUUACAAAAUGAAUCAUGGAAAGCCACUUCAAGCAGAAGUGACGUUUUCUCUUCGGUCAGAGGCAAAUACAGCAGUUGAAAAGCUAAAUCAUGCAAUUGCAGAUGGCCAUGUUCUUACGGUUUAUAUUAAGGAGAAUUAA